CAAAGCUGUCCAGGGUCAUCCCUCAGGGUGGUCAGCGGCUGUCUGCAGAACCCAUAAGCUUCCUUUCUCGGCCUCCUCACACCCCGCAACCUCCCUUCUAGCCUUUCUAACUUUCUCCCUCUCUCUUCCACACACUGGUUCACUCCCCAGAUGCCCACAGCGGCCAGCGUUGGGCCAGGCCAAGGGCAGUGGCUGAGAACUUAUGCAGGUCCCACGUUGCUGGCCCAAGGACCUGAGCCAUCACCUGCUUCCUCCCAGGCGCGCAUUAGCAGGAAGCCGGAGUCAGGGCGGAGCAGACUCCUCGGCCUUAGCCAGCGAGGCCUCUGGAAGACGCAAGGGCGCUGUUGUCCCGCGCCGGCGCCAUUCGGCUCCGUCCGGCUCCGUUCAGCAGGAGGCGCUCAAAGGGAGGCGGCGGCGCGCGGCCUGCUGGGAAAUGUAGUCCAGCACCACCAGCGCAGGCGCACUGCGGCCGGGCGGGCCUAGCGGGCGCGGUCAUUGUCCCGGCGGCGGAGCUCGCGGCCCUGCACCUGCUAAGGCCCAUCCUCCAGUCCCCUGGCCAUCAUGGGCAGCGGAGGGAUUGCUGCUCAGCUGCUUACUGACGAGGCCCCGGAGUCAGUGACAUUCAGGGACGUGACUGUGGACUUCACCCAGGAGGAGUGGCAGCAGCUGCAGCCUGCCCAGAAGGACUUGUACAGGGAUGUGAUGCUGGAGAACUACAGGAAUCUGGCCUCGCUGGACUGGGAGACUAGACCCGAAAUGAAAGAGCUGGAUGCUAAGGCUAGUGUUUCUGAAGACAAGCCAUGCAUCCAGGUGGGCCCAGGAGGACCCAUGAGGAAUGGUGCCUGGGGUCCCACCCUGGGACGAGCAUGGAUGCAGGGGAGGCUGAGGGGAUGCUCAGGGGCCAUUUGGGACCACCCGGGAACUCCACAGGGGAACGCACGCACCGGGGAGUCGGUCACUGGAUGUCAUGAACUGAAGGCCUCUGCCAGCCAAGACUCUACCCCAGCGCCCCCGAGGCUGGAGGAGCCUACGGAGGAGAAGGGGGCCUGUCCAUUUGUCAUGCACGGGAAGAACCUCAGUAAGCCCCCCAGGCUCCAUGCAGAGAAGAAAUCCUACGACUGCAGCGAAUGCGGCAAGGUCUUCAGCCGCAGCUCCUCGCUGAUAAAGCACCAAAGGAUCCACACGGGGGAGAAGCCCUUCGCGUGCGGUGCCUGCGGGAAGCACUUCAUUGAGCGCUCGUCCCUCACCAUCCACCAGCGCGUGCACACGGGCGAGAAGCCCUACGCGUGCGGGGACUGCGGCAAGGCCUUCAGCCAGCGCAUGAACCUCAUCGUGCACCAACGCACGCACACCGGGGAGAAGCCGUACGUGUGCGACGUGUGCGGCAAGGCCUUCCGCAAGACCUCGUCCCUCACUCAGCACGAACGCAUCCACACGGGCGAGAAGCCCUACGCGUGCGGGGACUGCGGCAAGGCCUUCAGCCAAAACAUGCACCUCAUCGUGCACCAGCGCACGCACACCGGGGAGAAGCCGUACGUGUGCCCCGAGUGCGGCAGGGCCUUCAGCCAGAACAUGCACCUGACUGAGCACCAGCGAACCCACACAGGCGAGAAGCCCUAUGCGUGCAAAGAGUGCGGCAAGGCCUUCAACAAGAGCUCGUCCCUCACGCUGCACCAGAGGAACCACACCGGGGAGAAGCCCUACGUGUGCAACGAGUGUGGCAAGGCCUUCAGCCAGAGCUCCUACCUCAUCCAGCACCAGAGGUUCCACAUCGGGGUCAAGCCCUUCGAGUGCAGCGAGUGUGGCAAGGCCUUCAGCAAGAACUCGUCCCUCACUCAGCACCAGCGCAUCCACACCGGCGAGAAGCCCUACGAGUGCUACGUGUGCAAGAAGCACUUCACGGGGCGCUCGUCGCUCAUCGUGCACCAGAUUGUGCACACGGGCGAGAGGCCCUACAAGUGUGGCGAGUGCGGCAAGGCCUUCAGCCAGAGCGCGUACCUCAUCGAGCACCAGCGCAUCCACACCGGAGAGAAGCCCUACAGGUGCGCGCAGUGCGGCAAGUGCUUCAUCAAGAACUCCUCGCUCACCGUGCACCAGCGCAUCCACACUGGCGAGAAGCCCUACAGGUGCGGCGAGUGCGGGAAGACCUUCAGCCGCAACACGAACCUGACGCGGCACUUGCGGAUCCACACCUGAGGGCGCAUGGCCAGGUGACUGCCACAGCGAGGGCGCGCUGUGUCCACGUGGCCGGCGUGGGAAAUCUUCCCGUGGGAGCUCGCGGGUGACUCCGGGUCAGGGAAGGCUUAGGAAGGUGGGACUCGUGAGAGGGCUUUCCGAUUGCAUACGCGACCGUUCUCCUAAGUGUCAGGGUGCAGGGCUCUCAGCAUCCACAGUACUGGGGAGCAUUCGCUGUAGCCAAGCUGUGAUCAUUGUAUCUGGAAAUCCAACACAGGAUCUUAGGCCAUCAGAGUCAAGCCCAGCUUUCCAGUAAGUUGUUUUAAGAGCCUGAGCAGGUCACAGAGGCUCUCUGGAGCUCCUUUUCCUUGAUGAUAGGUGGAGGGGAGGAGGAGGAGGUGAACUCUCUUUGUCAUACACUCCUCAGAGUCCAGUGUACUUUCAUGCCAUCUCUUGAGUUUCCCCAUGGCUAGGAGCAAGAGGGACUUUCCAUUCCUCCCACAUCCGUGCCUCCCGCCUACCCUGGUCUCUCGACUGGAAGCCACCAAGCCAGUCAGUGGUGGAGGCUUGCAACUUGUUUGUGAGAGGGAUAAAAAAAUUUUUCAGAGUUAGCAAGUAACAAUAACUACUGCUUCCAAUGCCAAAGUUUCUUAGAGCAGUCUGUCACUUUUUUUUUUUAAUAAAACUUAACUUCAGGAGAUUGUGUCAUUUUAAGCCAUCCUUUAGUUGUUAAACGAUACAGAUAUGGGCUGUAUGAUAAAAAUCAGUUUCCACAAUUGUGGGGGAAUGUACGAGAGAGAAUGAACUCCAUCAGGCUUGCUGUUCAGGUUUAAAUGUUUGUUGGAUUCAGUAAGCACACACCCCAGCACAGACUGUUUGCUCAUUCUUAGUUAUUUUUGAAGGUAAUUGUGCAUCCCUACGACCGUCACAAAAUGCCUUAGAAUGUGUAAUUUAUAAAUACCCAGCAUCUGCUUCUCACAGUUCUGCAGGUUAGGAUGUCCACAGUCAAAGUGUUGGCAUACUUAUUGUCUGGUGAGGCCCCACUCCUCAUAGACAGGGCCUUCUGCAGGGCUCAGGGAUUGAAUGCUUUGCUGAACCCCUCUUCGUCAAGAACUCUGAAGGGGUUCCUGCAAUGGGCUUCCAACACACCUAUGAUCAUAAGUCCCAAUCUGUAAAAAAGAAAUCUGGGCCUGGCAAUAGCCUCUGUGCUAGGUGUUUAUUUCCAAAUUAUAUACCAAUGCUGCAGUAUGUAACCAUAUGUUACCAUAUAUACACUCAGAUGUUCAUGACUGAAACAACAACUGAAAUAACCAUGUAUAAAAUAUGUAUACCUUCUUGGCAUGUACUAUGGCACUAAAUAACAUGAAUACAUGUAUACAAGAUA